AUGCUCACCUGCUUUUUACUGUUCCUCUCUUCUGUGGCGGCCCAGCAAGGGCUGGUGGCCGAGCCCUUUCGCUUGAGCAAUUCUCCUGAUGUCAAUAACGUCAAAUUAAGUUGGAAUACUGCAAACUCCAAUGCAAGCACAUACCAAGUGCAACGAAAGCCAAAUGGGUCACGAUCAUAUUCAACUAUCGCUACCGUUACUGGCAAUACCUACGACGACUACGAGCUUCCUCUGUCAAAGUUCACCUACCGAGUGUCCUCCGCUGAGGGCAUAUCGAAUGAUGUCCAGGUAGCGACCUUCUCUCCGAAGGCAGCUGAUUACGGAACUUAUGACAACACUCAAGUGUCUUCCUAUCUCCGAAAGUCGGACAUACAGGAGCAUGGUCUAUAUUACCAGUACAACUACGUUGAGAAUGGUACUGGUAUAUUCUAUAUUCAAGAACAAUCCUCCAAGGAUGGUUACGAAUUCACGGGUGGCCGAACAGUAAUGACUUCGCAAACUAUCUGUGCUUCAAUAGACAAUGAUUUAUGUCACCUGGAGCGUGUUACCUUUCAGCAGCAUCCGAAGACCGGUGAGAUUGUUAUGUGGGGGCAUUUGGAAAACACACUCAACUACAACCUGGCCCAGGUCGCCUGCGCAAGUGGCCAGCCGGGAGGUGCCUGGACCUUUCACGGAACCUAUAGACCACUAGGUUACGAUUCCCGUGACAUGACAGUCUUCGUGGAUGAUGACUCGGAACAUUCAGCUUAUUUGAUUUCUGCGGUUGGGGUCAACACCAACAUGACAAUUAUGCAGUUAACUUCUAACUGGACCGCGGUAGACAAGCUUGUCAACACGGUUUAUAUUAAGCAAUACCGAGAGGCCCCUGCCAUGGUCAAAGUCGAUGGCAUUUACUACUUGUUCACUUCGCGUGCUGCGGGUUGGUAUCCAUCGCAGCCACUCUACAUAACGACUAAGUCGAUUGCAUCAACCUGGAGCGAUGGCCGUGCACCAGCAGAUCCUGCAACCUACUCCUCUCAAUCCGGAGGCAUCACAACAUUUGGUACCUCUUCCGCAAUGCUGUCAGACCGGUGGGGAGCGAACUGGUCCCCUGUGGAUGGCGCGAACCGAGAAUAUAUGCUUCCCAUUUCCUUUUCAUCGGACGGCGAAGGCUUUGCGUACUACAACUUCUACCAGAAGACGGGAUAUCGGCAAUCAAGCUCUUCCACUGGCGACCAAACUGGGGUUUUUGGAAUUCAGAGUGGAAAGAUCUUAUCUGUUGGAAAGCCAGUCACUGUGAAUCCCGCUGGGGGGACCUCUAUUGCUGAUGUCAAUGAUGGCGUUUACGAUGAUUCCGCCGCGUAUUUUGUUCCAUCGGGAUAUCCCUUUACCCUGACGGUUGACCUGGGUGAAAGCAGCAAUAUUACACAGGUGGAUUUGACAACAAGGAUGAUUCAGGGAAGCGAGACUUAUUAUCAAUUCACCGUCUUGGGCUCAACCGAUGGCAUCAACUAUGAGACCAUUGGUGAUGCGUCGAAGAACACUCAAGUUGGCUAUAUCCCCGUUUUCAUCAGCGACCCAGAGUCCUACCGAUACAUUCAGGUCAAUGUCACCCACAUUAUCAACACCCACAACGGUAACGAGGCGACAUAUUUUGGCGGAAUCAUUGAGUAUACUGUGUACGGUUACUAG